GCGAUCGUGGCUUCUCUCAUACCGUCAAGCCCUAUAACGUGCGCGACGGUUCUGUUACCUCCACCCACCACUUCGCCCUCGGUUUUGCCCUCGGUUUUGCCCUCGGUUUUGCCCGCCAUCCUUCACACACGACUAUUUCCUCUCUUCCACCCGUCGCGACCGCUAGCAGCAAGCUAGCAAUCUACACCUUCGUUCUUUCAUCUCUCAUCUCUCUAUGCAGUCUCGCCGUACUUCCGGUCUUACUCCCCUCUCCAUCGUCCUCCCUCAUCCGGCACUUCCGCGCCGACGGUCUCAUCUGUCUUUAGUCCCUUCGCCGCACACUCCACGAAGUUCCCCAACCUGUUCUUCUCUGGCUUUUUCCACCAACACGAACCGGAAAAGUACCGACAGCUGGAACAGUUGGAACAGCUCAAGUCAGGAUCUAUCCGAGGACCGUGACUACGAAUGGAAAGCGGACCAGGUCUUAUUAUUAAGAAGGACGUUGGAUGCCCUUCCCCCUCACCUCAUGACACCUUUCAAUGGACCUAUACCCCCCUCCAAUCUUCUCGACAAGAUUGCCAGAGGUGUAUCACAGGCGAAGGGGGAGGAUUGGCCCCAUUCCUUGCGAGCCACGCGUGUCAAGCUCAUAGAGUUAGCGCGAACCAUCGCCGAGGAAGAUAGUAAACCCCGCAAGUCGAUCCCCGAAGAGCCUGCAUCGGAGGUUGCGCAUGGUUCUUUCCCCCAAGGGGAUGUUCUGCAGCCGACCACCAAUAUCGGCAAGGAAGAUCGCGGGUCUGGUUCACGACGACCGCUCUACCGGCAGUCGAGUAUGGACUUUCUUAAUGCCUCGGAUGUCCAGGACAAUGACAGCAUCGGUCGGCUUUCAAAACGACUUCAGAAGGCGGAUCGUUUCAUCCCCAACACAUCCUAUCAUCCUUAUUCCCGGAGUCAGAUGAACUCACGUUCAUCUUCCCCGCCCAGGGCCGAUCACGUCCCGUCCUUGAUCAGCCCUUCGACCCCAAGCACAUCUACCCUAUCAUCUCUUGCCUCCGUAUCUGCUCCGAGACAGCCUUUGCUGCGGCGCUCUGCCUCCAUCAUGUCUAUCUCCAGCACUACCAAUUCGACUACUUCGACGUCGAGAAUGAGCGUCAGUAGCGGGUUUUCUGCUGUUGCUGCUGACCCUCGCGUGCAGCGAGUCCGUCGUUCUGAGUCGUUCUGCUCCCCUGUACCGGUGGAAUCACGGUUCAGGCCUGCUGUUAAACGCGCGCCCUCUUACGGCGCUCUUGCUCAAGAAGCACGGGAUCAAUUGCCCAGUGUUCAUGAACAUGGGUUUCAUGAUCUCAGUAUCCCCGAUCCUUCUUCCGACGACGAGGAAAAGAUGCGCAGUCGGCGUGCUAAACGAGCGAGAGUCAGAAAGUCCGGCGGAACCGAACCACCACUCUCACCAUCGCCGGCACCGAGUUCACCGGCCAUGUCAGAGGCCAAGGCCAGUUCAAGAGCAUCAGUCCAAAAGCAGCAGUCGGACACUCGAGUUCGGUCUACCGCCACCGUGAAACGAGGCAUACAUGUGUUCGGACCCGAGCUUCCUCGACUGGCGACGCCGGCUGCUGAACCUCAAGCCCAGUUGUUGUCUGCCGCUCCGAUCCUCGCUUCGCCAACAUCAAGCGCCGAACGCGUGAAAACGCUCCGGCGUGCCAAACGCCUGCCUGCUGCUCGCCGUAUAUCUUUUGGCAGUCUCAUUGCCCCGCUUGGAGAAGAUAUGCAUGAGGCCGACCACGAGGAUUCGGAUGAAAUGCGCUUUGGUCCGGGUCUGGGCAGUGCUUUCCAGCUGCGAUAAUCCCGGAUAUCCAUGAUCAAUUGCAGCCAUUCCUUCUGCUCUCUCGUGCAAGCCCGAAAGAAGACAGAUUGUAACAGUGUAUAAACAUUGUACCACUACCGGCCUGGGCCCCCUGGGGGACUCACACCCAGAUCUCAUCUGGUCCAGCAUCUUUCCAUUCGCCAUAGCGCGCCACACUCAUUGGAAUCAUUUCCCGAUAUUCGACCGCGGGCUGUAACUCCCAUCGCACACUCCUUUGCUUUUGCCUCCAUCUCUGUAUCAACAACCGGAAUCUGUUACCAUAUCCCUCUAUAUUCGUUUUCUCAUUGCACACUGCUAUCGUCUACCGUCGCCGUUUUGGCCGGGCCAUUGCUGCUCGGUCUAGCGCGACCUUCGCCUGCUCGCCCCGCCUGCUCCGUUUGAUCUAAUACAUCUACCUGGGCCUUGAAUACCACCAUGGCCUUGACACAUCUCGGCACACAGAAACCAAAAGCGAAGCGUCGCAAAUGCUCUCCGUUCUCACGUCACCCUGUUUUUCGUUCUUGUGCUGCUGUUUUCUCCUCUUUCAUCUUCGACACACGGACUGGCCAUCUCGAAUCUGCCGUCCCGUCCCCCAACUCGAUCCGCUUUCCCCAGUGUUGCCUUGAUGCAUAUACUCUUGCUCCUGAUUUACUUAUCGUCUAUCUAGUAGUCGUCGCCGCAUCGUGGCCUGCGCAGUUUGCACAUUUAGGCAGUGUUUUGCGGUAAUUGACUGUAUACAUCAUGUUACCGCUGGUGGAAGUGGAAUAUAUAACCGAAUGGAUGCAUAUUUCCCGCGACGGCCGUCUACACGAGACUUAGACUCACUCGCUAGGAAUGGAGACAUGAGUGCACAGUUAGCUAGCAUUUUAUUACGCACGAUGAUGAUCGGUUCAAUGCCUUGUCCAGACUUGCAUUCUCUAUCAGCAUCUGCGCGUCGCGUCGCAAACGCAUUUUAUGCUCUUGCUCUUCGAGAACCCCCUUCAUGUACACCGUUCCCUGCCACCAGUAGUAGCCCGUACCAGCGAAGAAGACGGUGCUGGCAAGGUGGCCAACGGGGUCUGAAGCACGGUUGAGUCUCGGAUGGGAUGGCAUUCCGUGGUCAGCAAGCAGGCGUACUAGACAGCAUGGGCUUCUUGAGGAUACCGAGUUGCCAGAAUCGUGCUGCGAGUCCGAAUGCGGCCCCGCCGAUAACGUGUCCGACAACACCCAUAGUGAUCAGAGUACGGAG